UCACCCCAUCAACAAAUGGAAUGUUGAGUUUGUCCAUGAAGGUCGACUUCACCAAGUGCGUCUUGGCCGACUUUUCUGCAUCUAAAGCAGCAUUUGUCUCGUAAAUUGCUGCAAUGUUUGAGAAGUGAAGGACAGAAAACAGAAACAGCAGUGAAAAUGGCUUCACUCCUCUCAUUCGUGCCGCUGGUCAACCGACUGGUGACCCCCCGCGAAGAGCCCAGGGCGAUCGACAUACCGCCCGUCGAGGUGCAAAGUGUCGAGGCCAACCCAGACAAGAGACCGCGUACGCUCAAGCAUCUACUUAGAGCAAACCACGUCAACCACUCCAUCAUCUAUCACAAUCUGCAGUUCGACAACCACAUGCCGCAUAUCCUGUGCUCUGCCUACCAUCUCGGCGCCGAGUCACACCAGCUCUACCGCAUCUACGACGAGGAGGCCAAGAGCCUCGAGCCAUGGAAAGAGUCGCCAUCCGAGAUUGCCGAGGAUGAUUGGCGGGACUUUUUGGGCGACAAGAGGUACCAGCGGGCCUAUGUAGAUUUCUUUGAAGAUGCCCUGGCCAUGAAGCAUGCGUACAACUGGAAGAAGGUGAUCGAUGAGUACAUGUUUAAAGGGGAUGAACCCCUGAUCAAUGGUCUCAUAGGCGGCCUUGGCCACCCCCUGAUCCACCUUGGCUAUGCCUACGAAUUCGACAGCCGCGAGAUCGCCAUGGAGGCCCUCGGACUAGCCGCUACGCAGUACAAUUUUCUGCACAAGUACCUUGACAACCCAUCUUACACCCGCCAGUCCUCCUUCUCCUCCGCUUCUUUCCUAGAACUCAUCAACAAGCUCGCCUCAGAUGACCGAUUUGACGGCCUCUUCAAAGAGCCCGGCUUCGCCAACAUCGAGCCCCUCUUCCAAAAGCACGAAUCGCUCGUCCUCGAGUAUUGGAACGCCUGGGACUUGCCUUCGUCCGAAAAUCCCGCCAAACUGUUCCGGGAGUCACAGGAAGCUGCGGUGGCGUUGCUCGUUGCGACGGUUCGCCCCGGAACGCACGCCUACAAUUUCUUUAUCGUUCACGUCCUGACAACGAGCCACGCGGUGCGGAUCUUGCUGCCGCUGCUGCCCGCCAAAUUUCACAUCAGCUUGGUCCGGCAGUGGUGGCUGCUUGCGCUGGCCGUGUACAUCGCUGAGCUGAGGCCCAAAAUCGAUCCAGAUUAUGUGCCCGGAGAUUUGAAGGGAAAGGGGUGGAGGCAUGUCGAGCAUCAGGCGCUCAACUCUGAAUGGGCCACGGAUGCGCAUUAUGUCAAGGCCAUUCGGGCCAUGAGGGAGGCGGCGAGGACCUGGGGAGAUGUUCAUAACAGGUAUCUUGCUGCUGCGGUGAGGUUUGCGGAUGACUUUGAGGGAUGGGUGCAUUGAAGGCGACGACCCGGGCUUGGGAACGGGACAAAAAUGGGACUAACCAAGGAUGUAACUGAGCAAGCUUCCUCAUAGGUGGCCAGAAUGAGAAGACGAUAUGCCAGGAGGACUGUUGAUAUCGCCGAAGAUGCGG